AUGGAUGUUAAAGUCUUUGAUGACUCGAAGACAGAAGUUGAUGAGGAAGCAUUCGAAUAUCUGCAGUCACGACCAGACCUUGGUGUCCUAGAAAUUUUCAUCCCAGGCACAGCAAGUUUUGAUGAUUCUUUAAGCUCAAGCUCAUUUGGAGAUGCUGGGGACACAUCAGAGUCUGAUGACACAGCAAUGUUGAUUAGAAGUCCUCCUGAAAAAAAUCGAGCUGAGGAAUGUCGUCUUGCCCAAAUGGUCGAAGAUGUCCUAAAGAGCAGCCCUGGAGGCAAGAAGGUCAUAAAUGAAUACGCUCGCACUAAAGACGUGACAUGGAGGAGGAUAUACUCUGGAUAUUGCAGAGAGCAUUAUUACAAUGCAGAAGAUGGAAGUGGAUAUUUGGCAUGGAGAAUUAAAAUGCUGCAGAAAGAAGGAUCAGAGGGACGGAUGAAAUGCCCACGGCAACCACAAACAGGUGGGCCAACUGCUGACAGGGAUCCCUACAAAUUAGACAGCUGGUUGAAUGAUGAAUGUCAGUGUCAGGAAGCAAUUGCCCUGAUGAAGCAUACAGCUGACGAGACAGUGGUAAAGGAAAAGAUGAGGUUAACACUGGCCUAUCGCCAGAAGAUGCUGCAUGACCCUAUAGAGGCAUCUGAUAUUAUACCCAUUUUCCCGCGAUUCAUGGAUAUACAAGGCUUUAUUGAUCAAGAUUUUGGACUUCUAUUUGGUGAUGCGACCUCUGCAAAGUUGUUGGAGAAGUGGUCUACCAACAUAAAACCACAGGUUAUUGCACAGAGCCGUGGCCUCACACAGACUAGUGAGCUCCAAGACCUCAUCCAAAAUGCUGAAGCCACUGAAGUUGAAGAAGGUUGGGACAGCGAUAUGUCUUCCAUUCUGAUGCUGGUUCACCUUUUGCCACCCUCAAGUCAAUGCUGCAAAAGACCGGGAAAAAUCUCAGCUAGACAAGCAUGUGAUUGUCUUGUGAAAUUCAUCAAGGUGAAGCUACUGAUCAAGCAGAUCAAAUGA